UAUUGACAAAAGUCAAAUCUCUGAAUUUAAUGGCGCUUUUCUUUGUUGUUUAUACAUGUGACUAUAUAUCUAUCUCAAAUAAUCUAUGUAUCAUUCAUGAGUAUGUAUGUAUGUAUUGUAUUGUAUUGUAUUGUAUACCAUUUCUUCACCUCUCCAGAGUGUUACUAGCUAGAUUGCUCAUCCAAGACAACUUGGGAGUAGUCUAUGUUAACCAUUUGGUAUUUUGCAGAAUACUAGUAACAUUUUCAUAGUUAUAUAUGUCAGGAUAGGAUAUUGUCUUGAUGCGCAUGAGAAAACUAGCUAGGUCCGGUCCUAGUUGUUGUGACGUAUAUAUAAAGUGUGAUGCAGAAAGAAGAGAAGUACGCGGUACACACUCUGAUAAUUUGAUUCUAAACAACAAAAACAAAAUAAAAGUUGUGGCUUGUUGUUUUAGUACUUGAUAUGUUAUUGUUUUUACCUUGUUUCUACUCUAGCAGUUACCCUUUGAUUAUCAACUAUGUUAUUUAUUGGGUGUCCACUACUUGUGCAGGCGGCCACAGGGGAAUUUGCUGCCAAUGUAAAUAGUUGUUCUUCCGUUCUUCCUAAUCAAAGUGGGUCAUUGCCGCCUUAUCAUCAAUCUCAACCUCAACCUCAACCUCAACCUCAACCUCAACCUCAACCUCAACCUCAACUUCAAGGUGAUAAUACCAUAAUUGAGGGGAGCGGAUCAGUUAUGGUGGAUUACAUGUUAAACAGCCCUUCUGCUGAGAUUAUUAACAAUCCAUCAAGAACAUCUUAUCAGGAACAACAGCCCCUUGUGGUGGAUGAGCACAACAGCAACAGCAGCAUCAACUGUAUAAGUGGAGGUAUUCCCAUUAAUGCGGAUAGGACACUCAGCUUUGCAGAUGUUAUGCAGUUUGCAGAUUUUGGGCCAAAGUUGGGACUUGACCAUUUCCAGCAGGAGAAGAGCCAUACAACAGAUCACAAUAUAGACCCUGUUUAUUUCCUCAAAUUCCCUGUGCUUAGUAGUAAUUCACAUUCACAUUCACAUUCACAUUCACAUUCACAUUCACAUUCACAUUCACAUAUGGUGGCAGAUCAUCAUGGUCAUGGUAAUACUAGUAGUAUUCAUGAUGAUAGCAACAAAAGUAUUACCGAAAGAGAUGAAGAUGGAGGUUUUGGUGAUCCUUUCCGAGAGAGAGGAUAUAGCUACGACCACCAACAAGAUGACAACAAUCUUAGUAAUCCGGUGCAGCUUGACUUUCUCAGUAAUGAUGAAAAUCUUGCAGGAACAGGAACAGGAACAGGAACAGGAACAGGAAGAGUAGUAGGGCAUAAUAAUAAUAACAAUAAUAAGAGCAGCAGCAGCAGCAGCAAGAGGAAAAGGCCUCGAAGUAUAAAGACAAAUGAGGAAGUGGAAAGUCAAAGGAUGACUCAUAUUGCUGUUGAAAGAAACCGCAGAAAGCAAAUGAAUGAACACCUUCGUGUUUUAAGGUCUCUCAUGCCUAGCUCCUAUGUCCACAGGGGAGAUCAAGCAUCAAUUAUAGGAGGAGCAAUAGAGUUUGUCAGAGAACUGGAGCAACUCCUACAGUGUCUUGAGUCCCAGAAGAGGAGGAGACUCUAUGGAGAUUCAGCAUCAUCAACAGUACUCGGAGUAGUUCAGCAAACGCCACAAUUAGUACAACCGCAACCACAACCACAACCACAACCACAACCACCACCACCACCACCACCACCACCAUCACAACCACCACCAAUGAGUAUGAGUAUGAGUGCAAUUGGAAACCAUGAGUUGGACCCUAUGGGUUUUGCAGGAGGAUUGCUCCAGGAAGAAACAGCCGAAAGCAAGUCUUGCUUUGCAGACGUGGAAGUCAAAGUGUUAGGUUUCGAUGCUUUAAUUAAGAUCCUUUCUCGCAGAAGGCAUGGCCAACUCAUUAAGGCCAUUGCUGCCCUUGAGGAUCUGCAUUUCAAUAUUCUCCACACCAACAUCACUACCAUUGAGCAGACUGUUCUUUAUUCUUUCAAUGUCAAGGUUGCUAGUGAAGCGCGGUUUACUGCUGAGGAUAUUGCUACUUCUGUUCAGCAGAUUUUCACUUUCAUUCAUGCUAAUACCAAUAUUAUUUAAGGUUAAAAGUAGUUAUUAUGAUGUCAUAAUUUCAAAAUUUUAAUUUCUCGAUAGAUACAGAGUUACAAUUUACAGACACGCAUGUGAAAUUGAUCAAGUCACUCUAGAACAUACUAUAUAUUAUGUGUGUAGUAUAGGAGUACAGAUCGAUAACUCUUAUAACCAACUCUUGUUAAUUGUUAUACACUUACUUAUACAUACUAUUGGUGUUUCAUUAUUAAUAAUUUACGUUGUCCAUGA